GUUAUUGGUUGCUCAGCAACAAGCAUUAAUGUUCGUCGCCAAAUUAAAAAUAUGCAAUUGAUCUCACUGCCUGUCUUUUAGCUGCUAAAAUAAAAUCACUAAAAAAAGGAUAUCUAUUUAAAUUACUUGGAAAGAGUCAUUUAAAUGAAGAAAUUUUAAAAAUAUUUAUCAAAUUAUAGCCGAAAUCGGCCAUUCUUAUUAUUAUUAAAACUAAAGAAUAGAUAAAGGGAUUAUUUACUGCUUAAUAAAAGGCUGAAAUAUGGCUGCUGGAGUGUCUGGAUUGUCUUUCAAUUUGCCUAAAACAGCUACAUUUGGUAAAAUGUCUACAGAUGUAUCACAGGAUUUACAUUUAAAAAUGUCAAAGAAAAUUGCCCAAUUGACAAAAGUUAUUUAUGCAUUAAAUACGAAAAAUGACGAACACGAAGCAAUUAUUACUGCUUUGAAAGAACAACACGAAGAUGAAAUUCAGAAAUUCCUCGCAGAGACCAAAUCGAAAGUUGAAUCUUAUAGGAAUAGAAUUGAAGAGGAUACCAAUCAGAAAAAGUUAAUUGAGGCUUUAGAACAGAAGAUCCGCGAGCAUGAACUCGAGAAGGUGAACGCUAAAGAGGCAUUUGAAAAAUAUAGAGAAAGUAUGGAAGGAAGAGCUAUUGAAAUGAAAACUGUUCAUUCAGAAAAGAUGUUAACUUUAUCAACUGACGUUCUAACUGUUAAAAAAGAGUUUGAAUCAAAUUUAAAUAAAUUAAUGGAGGCUAAACGUGCAUUAGAAGAAGAAAAACAGAAGGAGAUUGAAGAGAUAAAACGACAUUACGACGAGAAAACUGAAGAGCUCAGAACCGGUUUAUCGUUGGUUGAUAAUGAUAAAGAAAAAUAUGAAAAAGAACUUUUAGAAUUGAAAGAUGUAUGUAAAAAGUUAGAACUUGAAAAUUCUGAAAGAAAUCAACAGUAUUUAAAAGAAAUUAGUAAUAUGAAAAAAGACUAUGAGAAGGAAAUUGCAGAUUUGAAAUCUGCAAAUAGUACAUUUACAGAAGAUAAGAUAAAAAGCUUACAAGAAGACUAUGAUAAACUAUUAAAAGUGCACGAAAAUAUGAAUACUGAUAAUUUGGAUAGAAUAAAGGAAUUACUUGAAAAGUUAAAUAUGGCAGAAGAAGAAGCUAGAAGCCAUAAGGAAUCUUUAAAGAAAUUACAGAAUUCCUUAACAGAUAAAGCUAAUAGUUCGGCUUCUUUAACUGAACAAUUGUCUUCCAUUCAAAAAGAACUAUCAGCAACUAUAUCAAUUAAUAAACAAUUAGAAGGUGAAAUAAAAGCGAUUAACGAUCGCUGUGAUAAACAAUCAUCCGAAUUAAAAGAUAAAUCUGAAGGUGGGAAAGUGCAAGUUGAAUCUCAAUUGAAAGAGAAAAUUGGAGAACUAAGCAAAUUAAAGGAUAAGCUCAAGUGGUUAGAAGAUGAACGCAAAUCUAUUGAGAAGAAAGGUCAAUCUCAAAUGACUGAACAGUCGAGGCAACUUAAAUCGCUUGAAAAGAGCUUAGAAAAUUUAUCAACUGAAAAGAGAACUCUACAAGAGAAAUAUGAUAGAGAUAUGGCCGCUCUAAAACAAAAGAUUGACGAAAAAGAGAAUACAAUCACAAAGAAAUGGAAAACUAAGAUAGAUGAAAAUGAAGCUAAGCAUAUUACAGAAUUAGAAGAGCAUAGACGUUUAGCUGAAGAAAGUUAUGCUAAAUUGAAAAAUGACCUUGAAAAUCGUUUGAAAAGUGAGAAAGGAUCCUUGAGUGAUCAUAACAGUCAAUUAGAGAAAGACAUGGAAAAGCUAAAAGAAGACUUUCAGAAGAAAUUACAAAAUUCCCAGAGAGAGAUUUUAAGAUUGGAAAAUGUUCUUAAAGAACGCGAAGAGAACCUAGGAGGAGCUGCCACAAAUUUAGAAAGCUUACAUAAAAAAUGUUCAUCUCUAGAGGAAGAACUUGAAGAAAGUCGAGAACAAUUACGCAAUCUAACAACUCAAUAUUCGUGUACUAAAACUGAGUUAGAAAAUUUAAAGAGAACGCACGAAAGAUCAAUAAAAGAGUUUGAGGAAAAGUCUAAAAACGAUCUUAAUAAAUUGUCUACCGAUUUAGAUGAGAAAUGGAUGAUCAGAUUGAGGAGCGAAAAAGAAAAACUCCGAAUAGAAAUGCAAAAGAAUUCCGAAGAAGAUAAGAAAGCAGCAUUGGAAGAAUUAAAGAGAUUAAAAGAUAAUGAAAGUGCCAAAAAUCAAUUAAAUUUUGAUAAACGUUUAAGUGAAAUGAAUGAGGAAAUUUUAAGAUUAAAAUCUAGUUUAUCCUCAACUUCAGAGGAAACGGAAAGAGAAAUUUAUAGGAUAAAAGCGGAAGCCGAAGAAGAGACGCAUAAGCUCAGAAAGGAAAUGUUAGAGUUGGCCGAAGAAUAUCAAGGAAAAAUUGAAAAAAUGAUAAAACUUCACGCAGAUGAGAUGAAAUUAUUAGAAGAAAAAAGUUUAGCUCAUUUGAACGAUAUAAAAAUUGAAUUAAAUAAAAAGCAUCAAGAAGAUAUGGAAGCCCAAUUAGUUGCCCAUAAGAGUACUGUUGAUAUCCUUAAAGAGAACUUUGAAAAAGUUAAAGAAAAGUGUCUUGAAGAACUUCGGGAAAAAAAUCUUGAUAGAAUAACCAAACUAAGAUCUGAGUUGGAGGCAGUUCACUCACAAGACAUGGAUGAGAAAGAGAGAAAACAUGAACAACAAUUGAUGGCUGCAAGAUUAGAGUUAGACAGAGCUUUAGAGAUUUCCCGCCAAAAAGAAGCCGAAUUCUCAAUAAAAAUAGGCGAAUUAGAGUCUGACGGAAAUUCAAAAGUUCAAUUAAUUAGGGAACUAGAAAGAGAGGUUGAUAGGCUUCAAAGAGGUAUAAAUGAUAUGGCAACGGAAUUGGAGCAAAAAGGUCAAGAAAUUCUUCGAAUUAGAAGUGAAAUGAUGCAAAGUUCUAAAGCAAGGGAAGAUCAAUUGAAUAAAAGAUUUGAGCAAGUAUUACAAGAUCUGAGGAAAGAACAGAAAAAUGAAAUCGAUACUAUGUUAGAAGAUUUUAACAAAGCUCAGAAUAUAUUAACAGAAAAAAUAGAAUCUUUAACAAUCCUUUUAGAAGAGGCUGAAGAAAGAUACGAAAAUAGAGAAUCAAAGGAUGAAGACAUUCAAGAAAUUGCAAGGUUAAAGCAAGCUGUAACUGAUAGAGAAGAAGCAAUGAAGAAACUUAUCGACGAUAGAAAAUACUAUCAACUAGAAUUAGCAAAUCGUGAAAAGAACUUUAAUAAAGUGUUCAGUAACGCUCCAAAUGUUGGAGUAUUAAAUCCUCUUGUGAAGAAGAACAAUAGUGGAAAAGGAGAUGGUUCAAGAAGAGGUCCAAAAUUAGAUCCUAUACCACAUUCAACAAUGCUUCAUUCUGACAAUUUAUCUCGUAAAGUUCCACUUCCUCCCCCGUUAAACAGGCCAUAA